ACUCGUGGGUUCGCGUUUCCGAGCAUGGGCUCCUCCGCGUCCCACGCCGUGGAGCCCGUGAAGGUCGCCGCCUCGUCCGAGGCCCCCUGCUCCGCCCAGCCCGCACCCCUCGCAGCAGCCGGGGAGCCGACGCCCUCGGCAGCAGAGCUCGGACUUCGUAACUGCUGGAGCUGUCGCUUGCUCUCCGGGGCGGGGCUGAUCGGGGCGGGCGGAUACGUGUACUGGGUGGCCCGAAAGCCCAUGAAGAUGGGCUAUGCCCCCAGUCCGGGGACAAUUGCGCAGAUGGUCGUCGGCAUCAGCAUUGCUUGUUGGGGUGUAGUCAUCUUGACAGAUCCCAAAGGAAAAGCUUACCGUACUGUUUGAACGUGUCACCAGUGAAUUUGUCAUCUUUUCUACCUGUCUCCAUGGUAAACAGAGCAAGCAUGGAACUUACGGAUGCAUGGACAUCGGGACACUUGAGAUCUGUGCUUACUGCAAGACUGAAGAGACAAAUACGGAUUGUCAUUUAUUGGCCAUGGGCAUUUGUGACCUCAGGUUCCAUAAGGACCAAUAAAUCCCUUAGAGAAGAGAACAGAGUCUGUGUUAUAUCUGGGGAAUGAGAAUAAAUUUUAACAACAACCAAGUGGAAAUGAGAAGCCAACGAGGAAAAUUAUCGCAACUUUAAUGGUCUUUUUUUCUUUUUGUUAAAUUGGGUCAAAGCCUAUCACCAGGAACUGUGCAAUAUGUAGAAAUACUUAAAUUUUGUAACUGUUCUGCUUGCAUGUCCCAAGGCUUUGUUAAAAUCUUCCCAUGAAUGUUUCACAGCUAUUCUGAGGUGAUUUCUUUCAUUGGUAAUUAAACCUUAAAGAGUCCAGGUGAGUUAUCGAGCCUGAUUGAGCAAGUCACUGCUGGUGCCCAGGAUUUAAUUGUCUUCACUAUUCUUAUUGUUUCAGAACUGGAAUGGCUUCAAAGAAGAAAGGAUAACUUUUAUGAAUCAGAUAAUCAUUAAAAACAAAUAAUAGAACAAUUAAGUACCAAAACACAUUUAAAACUUUUUUUGUAAUAAAAGCAUAUUUUUCUACAAGUCUUGAAAACAUUUCUAUGAUGAAAGAGAUGGUUUGAUUUAAAGACUUGUAAUUAGUUCAUCUUAUAAAAGAAAUAUGUGCUUCCUUCCA